CUUGGUUCUUUCUCUUACUCUCUUACAGCAGAGUCACUGUUCCAUACAGCAGCAGCGGCACCACAGCAAAGUGACCAUGGCUGAUGUCCUGCUUAGAGUCUUGAGAGGUCUAAGGAUGACCUUAAUACAGACAGGAAUUAUGAAGUUCUUUGUCACCUUUUUAGUUAAGGUCCAUGUAGUCACUUCAGGGGAGACCUUUGGAGCUGAUACUGAGUUGCUGAACCAGCUGAGGAAGAACCUAAAGUUGAAAAUGGAACGGCAGAGAAACGGCAUCACUAUGCUCUUUUGUCCAAUCACCUGUCGUGUUGGGUCGGAUGUGGAAGCAGCUAUGACUUUGGUGUCAGGAGAUGAAAAGGUGAUCCUGGUGCUGAUGCACCACACCCGAGACCCGAGCUACUCCACAGCUGGGACGGAGUGGUCACAUUUGUACCCAAACGUCAUCUUAAGUUGUCACGUUCUCUUCCAUGAGAGCGUGCCAGGAUUACUGACAUGUUCUACGAACAAGGUGGCAGUGGGUCAGAUGCUAAAUGUGUUAAACCAUUACAGUACAGAUAUCUGGACUAAAAGUUUUAAGAUUUUAGGGUUGGUUUCAUUAUCAACCAUAGUAUACAAUCUUUAUCGGACAGUUAGAUAUCCACAACUAAAAGUUGAGGGGGAAACCAUAACAGUAACACCUCGGAUAUGAACUCAGGUCCAGGUCAGUCUGUCCCUGCACCAACGGGUACCCCCAGGUUGUACAUAUUGCAAUUUCCUCCUCUAAUCCUUUUGUGCUCAUGUGCAAUGGUUGACAUUGCGGAUCAGUUUAUUUUUAGUAGCAGUUAAGUAUUUUUUUUUAAAUCAUAGAGGGGCAUUUCAUGGCAAUGCACAAAAGCAGGUGAAUUAUUUGAUCCAACUAAAUAUCAUAUCUGAAAACCUAUUAGACUAUACUGAUUGAUUUUUGCCUCUGAGUGCCAUUUGGACCAGUUCCCUGACAAAAUCCGUCAGCUUGUCAAAUCAGAUCAAACCACAGGGACUCUCAGUAGGCUCUGGUGAACACCUGGUAGAUACAAUUUUUUGGAGUGAUGCAAAUAUUUUUCCUCACAGUAGACCAUAGCCCCUUUCAGAUCAUAGGCCAUUGAUAAACAAACAAAAAGCAGCCAUAAUGAAAAACUUCUUGUCAGAAAAAUACAUUCCCAGAGGUCACAGGCCAUGUGUGUUUUCAUAUCAUGCAGCUGGGAUCACAGAACCUAAGGGUUGUGGCUUGCAAAUCUCAACAUUCAGUUCCCUACACACAAAUAGUUUUUCAUUUGCCAUCCUCAACAUGUUACUUCCAUCAGUUUUUGCUGACCAGCCUGUUUGUCAGAUUAGAAUCUGCAGCACCAUUCGGCGCCUGUGCUUCAGUUUGAUCCAUAUUUUCGUCACACUAAUUAUGUGUCAGGACUGUUCUGUUGAUCAUGAGGCAUAUUGAAUACUGCUAGGUCACAGAAUGGGGGUAAGAUCUGAAAGGUAUUUCUGGGUAAAUAUAGAAAUCUAUGUUAAAUUGUCAGUUUUCAAAUUUGGUAUUAGAAUUCUCCUGGUUGGUACAAAUUGACCAAUGAUCAGUAUGGGUUAAAAGCAGAGAACAAAUUUCCUUGUAAUGUAUGUUUCAAUGUAUGUUUCAAUGACAAUAAAGAUGAUAUUACUAUUAUUAUUAUUAUUAUUACUAUGAACUGCAAAGUGACGAAACGGCGAAGCUAAACGAACAACACCAAGUAACCCCCUGUAAACAUUAAUGCAAAGCUUGAUGCUAGGUUGUGAAAAUAGCAGAUAUCUGUAAAAAGGAAUAAAAACUAAAAUCAUUGCAUGCUGUAUUCAACUGCUUAUUUGCUAAAUUGUUUGUUUGUUUGAUUGUUUUUAAUAAUAAACCCUUUUUUUGCCAUUUUCCAGAGGAAGAAAUUCCUCUGUUACAAUUCCCCAUCUUGUAAGACAGAUCAAGAAAGAAUGGAUGAAACUUUGUUUUUAAAUACUUCUCUGUCCAGGUUUAUGGGUAAACAUUUGUCUGUUUUGGAAAAAUCAUCAUAUUUAAACCUUGUAUAAAAAAAUAGAUAACGUUAUUGCAAAGGUGAAUAAUGGGGAUAAGUCUUGUCUGGGCUUCUCAAUAAAGAACUGACUUUUGUUUCA